ACAACCCUGAGCCGAAAUCAAGAGUCGGACGCUUAACCAACUGAGCCACCCAGGCACCCCAGGAAGUAGAGUUUUGAGAUAGAAAAUAAUGAGGGUCAGGGGAUUGGCAGCUUUACAAAGGGCAGUCAGAGAAGGCCCAUCUGGCUGAAAGGUGAGAAGGAGCCAGAUGUGGAAGAGCCAGGUGAAGAGCAUUCUGGGCAGAGGGAACGGUAAGCCUUGAGGCCCUGCUGUGGGAGGAAGGCCAUUGGGGCUGCAGUACAGGGACCCCAAUGGGGGAAGUAGGGGAGUCGGGACAAGUAAUGAGUUCACUGGGGGAUGCGGGAUGGUAAAAACAAGUCAUGAGCUCUCUGAGAUCAGCAGGAACCAAAUGAUAAGAACCUACUAGCCCAUGGGGAGUGGAGUAAGGGGAUGAGUCAGGUUUCUGGCUUAAGCAAUAGAAUGCAUGUGUUGUUUUUUACUGAGAAAGGAUGAAGCCAGACGGAGCCUUAGAAUUUAAACAGUUCUGUUGAGGGACUUCUAAGUUUAGGAGGUGCGAAUAGGUUUGUGUAAGAAACAACCUAAAUGCUCAGCUGUCAGACUGGCAGUUAGAAAUGGGCCGGUACGAGGAGCAGGAAUCUCUUGCCCAUUCCUCAGUGAAAUGCUUCUGUUCUUUUUGUUCUUCCUUCUAAAAUAAACCAAAUGUGAGAGAUACGGAAUGUUUACAGUGAGAAAUACUGCUUCCUGUCUCAGUGAAGGUGGGUCCAUUCUUUUAGAUUUGUCCCCUUGGAGAAUUGUGACAAUCUCCUCCCAUCACUUUUUGUUUCCUCUUUUAAAUCGAAGGUCAGCACCUCUUCUGUGGGUACUUUCCCAAAGCGAGUGAAAAUUGUGGAAGUUGGUGCCCGAGACGGACUACAAAAUGAAAAGAAUAUCGUAUCUACUUCUACGAAAAUCAAGCUGAUAGACAUGCUUUCUGAAGCAGGACUUCCCGUUAUAGAAGCCACCAGCUUUGUGUCCCCCAAGUGGGUUCCCCAGAUGGCUGACAAUGCUGAAGUCUUGAAGGGCAUCCAGAAAUUUCCUGGCAUCAACUACCCAGUCCUGACCCCAAAUAUCAAAGGCUUCCAGGCAGCGAGAAAGGUGAUCGUGCUCCUCACGGUGGUUGCUAGUAUCUGCCAUCUUUUUAGAGUGUCGGACAAGAACGUCAUUGGGGAUGCUGACUCUGAAUUUAGGCAGGAAGCUGUUCUUAAGAGUGAUGUCCAGGGGGUGCCUGGGUGGCUCAGUCGGUUAAGCGGCUGCCU